AUGGCCACUCGCUUAGAUAGACUUUUCAUUCUUUUGGAGUCUGGUGGAAGUGCUGCAACACGGGAAGCUGCUGCACGGCAACUGGGGGAUGUGGUGAAAGCCCAUCCCCAAGAUCUUACUUUCCUGCUGUCUCGACUCUUCAAGUGUUGCCGAAACCAUAGUUGGGAAACACGGGUUGCUUGUGGACAAGCAGCAUCCCACAUUGGAUCCAAUGUACCCCAAUGGAAUCCAAUCCCUGUUCCUGGCAGUGGUGGUGCAGGCAACAAUGCAUCAGCAAUGCCCCAGUGGAUGAGCUUAAAAUCUUUUGACCCCAAAGUUGUACUUGAGAAGAAGAGAUUCCUAAUGGCAUCCAAGGGAUCUGAGUAUGCAGAAACGACUCAGUCAAGUGAGGCUCAAGAAAGAAUGAUGAGGAAAACCCUAGGCCUGGAGAUUGCUGACAAAAUAGGGGUAGAUACAUCACACAUUAUCUCAUCUGAAGACCUGAAGCAAGAGUAUGUCCCAGCUGAAGUGCAGUCAUUCAAUGGAGAUGUUGCAACAGAUCUUGGCCUCAAGAGACCAGCACAAGCAGAAGUGAAUGGGGAACCUCACCCAACAAAGCGAGUGAAGGUAGAAGGAGAUGAAGAACCACUUACUGCUGAAACUGGCCCAAAGUCGUGGCCUUUCCAAGCUUUUUGUGACACCCUUUCGUAUGAUUUAUUUUCACCUGUGUGGGAGGUGAGGCAUGGUGCUGCAACAGUAUUGAGAGAAGUUAUUAGAGUACAUGGUUCAGGUGCAGGGAAGGUCUUAGGAGCUUCAUGUGAAGAGAUGGCACAAGGACAUGACUCAUGGCUAGAAGACAUUGCUUUGAAACUCAUUUGUGUUCUUCUUCUUGAUAGAUUUGGAGACUUUGUUUCAGACCAGGUGGUUGCUCCAGUGAAAGAGACAGCUGCUCAGGCCCUCAGCUGGGUUUGUUACCAUCAGAAAGAAGAACAUGUUGAAGCUGUCAUGCAAGUUCUUAUUGAAUUGUUAAAAGAGAAAGAAUGGCAGGUGAGACAUGGAGGGCUUCUGGGUAUCAAAUACAUUUUUGCAGCAAGAGAUGAUCUGCAGGAGAAGUUAGUUCCCAGUGUCUUUGAACAAGUCUUUGAAUGCCUACAAGAUUCAAUGGAUGAUGUUGCUGCAGCAGCUGCAAACGCUUUGGUUCCCAUAGCAUCAAGGCUCCUCAAGGCCCUUCCUGAGCAAAUCCCUAAGCUUCUCACAACUUUGUGGGAUGCAUUGCAGUGCUUGGAUGAUCUGACUUCAGCAACUAACAGUGUGAUCACUCUUCUGUCUUCACUUUUGUCCCAUUAUGAUGCCCCAGCAGAAGGCUUACCACUGAAUGAACUUGUCAGGCGUUUGUGGCCCUUCAUGGCUCAUUCUUCAGCCAAUGUUCGAAAGGCAACCUUAGAGACUCUGAUUGUCUUGACUAGCAAGCUGCCAGAGAAGGAGGGAGCUGACUGGAUCCACACCAUUCUAUCUGAAGCAAUUUGUUUUACAUAUAUGAGAGCUCUCGUAGAAACACUCCCAUCUCUUCACAAACUAAUAUUCAAACUUUGGAGGAAUUUGAUUAAUAGAACUCGGCUUACCACCUUGGUCUCUUCAACUUGCACAAUUGUUUCUGGAUUACUGUGUCUUGCAAUGACACAAAGCCAUGUGGUGCUUGAUCUGAACCUACUGGGGCCUGAUAUGAAUGCAGUCAUGAGGUCAGUGUAUAAAGGAACUGAGUCUCUGUAUCUUGGUGGUUCUGAGAAACACCAUGAUUCUUUCAUGCACAGGAGUGAAUGUGCAAUGCAGUGCCGCCUCUUGGCUGCUCGCCUUCUUGGCCUCCUUUCAGGCGCAAUCACAAUUCCUCUAGAAGGAGUUGUAUAUCAUGAGCCACCAAGUGAGACUUAUGCUCAGAUAUUGGCCUCUCCUUUGAAUGCACGUUCUGCAUACGGACGAACCGUUGUGGCAUUGGUAACUGCUGAAUGGCUGUCUCAGUACCCAGACUCUAGUGUGCCAGAUUCACUUGUGCAAUGCUUUCACCAGUGCCUUACACAGUGUCUGUACUAUGAUGAGAUUGCUGUCAACUUCACUCGACUCCAGCAGGGAGUUAGAGACUUGGUUGCUUCUCUGCUACACCAUAAUGCCAAAAUUCCAACAGAGUACUCAGGUUCUGCAGUGCUCACCCUCCAACAAAUUGAAGAGUUUGCAAAGGUAGUUGAAAGUGGAGUAAUGAAGAGUCUGAAGGUGAAUCAAAAGAGGAGAGAUCUUCUUGAGGAUCAAAGACUCAACAUUCAAAAGCUGGCUCAGCAGACAAUAAUAGAGCAGGAGAGCUUGACUCUUCUCUGCAAUGCAUGCAUUGCUGAAGCUGUGGCAUGGACAAAAAAUCUUCCUGAGAAGCUAAACCCACUCAUUCGACCACUGAUGGAGACCAUUCGAAAGCAGUCAACAUCUCAGCUACAAAAUAGAGCUGCCUGUGCCUUGGCAAUGGUGCUCAAGUCUUGCGCCAAGAAAGACCCAUGCCCAAAUGCCAAAGUUGUCAAGAACCUCAUCACAUAUCUAUGCAGUGGUUCUGUGAUGCCCAAUCUGGAACUGCAAGAGCUACCACUUGAUCGAGAGAAGUUGGUCAAAUGUACAAAAUCAGAAGGGAUUCUCAAGCUCCUGCAACAUCAAGUCUCUGCUGAACAACCCCUCAAGAGACAAGACUCUGGAAUGGGAUCUGGUAAGCUUGGAAAAGCAGCACCUGAAUCAGAAGCCACAACAGACAGUGAUGAUUCUCAGUAUCUUCAGGUAAGAGGAGCUGAAUUGGCCAUUCGCUCACUAGCUUCAGAGUUCGGUGAGAACUUGCCAAAAGAUCUACCUCCUUUAUGGGAAGCUGCUACUGAAUUCUCUUCACUGCUGUUGUCUGAUCCAAUCACAGAUGAAAUUGCUCAUUCUCUUCUGAGAAGUUUGAGGGUCUUUGAGGUGCUUUCUGUUGCCGUCCAUGAAAAUCUGCAUGAGGAGUUAGUGAGGCUUUGCAAGGAUUUCAUGAAAUGCCUCAGCUUACCUUUCACAGCAGUCAGGCAUAUGGCAGCUCGGUGUCUCUCCACAUUUGCUUCUGUGAAAAUUGAAAGCAUAAUGAAUAUGGUACUGGAUAUUUUGCUAGAACUGCUGAAUGAUCCCAUGAAAGUGUCCAGUAGGCAGGGAGCAGUGGAAGCCAUUGCAAGCCUCAUUGAUAGAACCGGGUUAAAAUUGGUUCCAUAUGUUCCCAUUCUCAUCUUGCCAAUCCUUGGUCAGAUGAGUGAUAAUGAUGUGCCAACUAGACUCAUGUCAUCCCAAUGCUUUGCUUCUCUUGUCCAACUUAUGCCAUUCCAUGCUUCAGCUAUGAAGAACAGUGAACUCCCCAAAAGUCAAAUGCAUUCUCCUACUGCUGAUCAGAAAAAUUUCUUGGAACAGCUCUUGAAUCCUUCCUUGAUGAAGAGUGUGCCUGUGCCAAAAAUUAUCCUGGCUGAGCUGCGUAAAUAUCAACAAGAAGGCUUGAAUUGGUUGGGAUUCCUACAGCGAUACAAGCUCCAUGGAAUCUUGUGUGAUGACAUGGGAUUGGGAAAAACUCUACAAGCCAUUUGUAUCAUGGCUUCAGAAUAUGAGAAUCCAAAGACAAAGGACUCACUACCAUCACUCAUCAUAUGUCCUCCAACUGUUACUGGUCAUUGGAUAUAUGAGAUCAAGAAGUUCAUUGCAAACCAACUCCUGAAACCUUUGCAUUACAGUGGGCCUCCUACUGAACGGCAGCGACUCAGGGCCAUCUUGGAGUCGUACAAUAUUGUUGUUGCCUCAUAUGAUAUCGUCAGAAAUGAUAUCGAGUUCUUCUCUUCUAUUAAAUGGAAGUUUUGCAUCUUAGAUGAGGGGCACAUGAUCAAAAAUGGCAAGACAAAGUUGUCUAAAGCUGUGAAAAAGCUGGAUGCUGCUCAUAGACUCAUACUUUCUGGUACCCCAAUUCAAAAUAAUGUUUUAGAAUUGUGGUCUCUCUUUGAUUUCCUCAUGCCAGGCUUCCUUGGAACAGAAAAGGAAUUUACUGCUCGAUACAGCAAACCGAUUCUUCAAUCACGUGAUGCAAAAUCAUCUUCACAGGAACAGCAAGCAGGAAUUUUAGCUUUGGAAGCAUUACAUCGCCAAGUAUUGCCUUUCCUCUUACGUAGAAUCAAGCAAGAUGUCUUGGAAGAUUUACCUCCAAAAAUCACACAGGAUUAUUACUGUGAAUUGAGUCCCCUGCAGCAGAAACUAUAUGAAGAUUUUUCAAGAUCUCGAGCCCAGCAACAUUUGUGUGACACUGCGGCCUCUGACUUAUCUCAGCUUGACAAGACUGACCGUGUGCAUGUGUUUCAGGCUCUCCAAUAUUUAAAGAAAGUUUGUAACCACCCCAAAUUGGUGUUGAGUCCAGAACACCCAGAAUGGGGAUCAGUGAUAAGCAUGCUGAGAGAAACCAACUCUGACUUGGAUGAUAUCAAUCAUUCUGCCAAAUUACAGGCAUUGCGUCAACUCCUCCUGGACUGUGGCAUUGGCUGUCAAGACUCAGGGGCAGGUGAUGUCUCUGUUGUCUCUCAGCAUCGAGUCCUCAUCUUUUUCCAGCUGAAAGCAAUGCUGGACAUCGUGGAGAAGACAUUGCUCAAGAAAUGCAUGCCUGAGGUGAGCUACAUGCGGCUAGAUGGUAGCACACCCGCAGGUCAGCGACACGAUGUAGUACAUCGCUUCAAUUCAGACCCAUCCAUCGAUGUCCUCCUCCUCACAACUCAAGUUGGUGGCUUAGGACUUAAUCUGACUGGUGCAGACACCGUGAUAUUUGUGGAACAUGACUGGAACCCUAUGAAGGACCUUCAGGCCAUGGAUAGGGCUCAUCGAAUUGGACAAAAGAAAGUAGUGAAUGUGUAUCGCUUGAUAACUCGUGGGACUCUCGAAGAGAAGAUCAUGGGGCUGCAGAAAUUUAAAUUAGCAACAGCCAACACCGUGAUUACCCAGGACAAUGCAAGCCUUCAGACAAUGGGAACUGAACAGUUGCUGGAUCUCUUCACAUUCAAUGGGAGCAAGGCAGAAACAAGCAAUGACAAGGGAGAAAGCAACAGUAAAGGGGGGUUGAAAGUGGUGCUUGAGAACCUGCCUGACCUCUGGGAUGAGAGUCAGUAUGAGAAUGAAUAUAGCAUGGAGAGUUUCAUGAAAUCAUUGCAGACCAAGGCCUGA